AUGGUGAAGUUUUGCUGGUCUCUCCUCCUCUUAAGUUUGCUCAGUGGGCAACUCGACGCCAACCCUGGACUUAAAGUGAGGAUCACCCAGAAGGGGUUAGAAUACGCCAAGGAGGUUGGGCUGGAAAUCCUGAAGCAGAAUAUGGAGAAGGAACAUUUCCCUGAUCUGAGUGGCUAUGAGAAAUUUGGGCUUGGUAAUGUCAAAUACAACAUCUCAAGAAUACGUGUCACUGCUGUUGAAUUCCCCAGUGCUUCCAUCUCCCUUAUACCUGGGACUGGGAUAAAACUGGUGAUUGGAAAUGCUUCUCUAACCUUCGAUAUGAACUGGAACAUAAGGACUUGGAUGUUCAAAGACAGUGGAAGAAGCACAGUGUACAUUUCAAAGGUGUUUGUUACUGCAAUCUUGUCAACACCCCUGGAUAGUAGGGGUCAUACAUCAAUAUCACUUACCAGCUGCCGGACAACUUCUGGUGAUAUAGACAUCAAGUUGAGUGGAAAAAGUGGCUUCCUGCAUAACUUCUUUAUCAAGUAUCUGAAGAAACCCAUUCACAGGAGCUUGGUCACUAACUCAUGUCCCAACAUCAGAUCUGGGAUCCAGUUGAUAGAUGGUGACCUCCAAUCACUGAAUGUCAUAAUGCCAAUUGAUGAUUUGGCCGAAGUAGACUACUCCUUAAAUAGCUUGCCAGCGGUAUCCCGACCAUUCAUUGACCUGGACUUAAAGGGGAUAGUCUACCCAGCUGGAAACUAUACUGGCCCUCCCUAUGUGGCAGCUCCCUUCACUAUCCCAGACCAAAGUGACUCCAUGCUCUACCUUGCCUUCUCGGAGUACUUCUUUCAGACCUACUCAUUUGCUUACUACACCGCAGGGGCCUUCAACAUCACCAUUGCAGAGGAGACUUGCAGCUAUUUUAAUAUAAGCACAGAGAUAUUUGGCAGCAUCAUCCCUGAGGUAGCUGAAUAUUCAGUCACACCCUACCCAGUGAUGUUGAAGCUAAUGGCUACUGAAAUACCUAUCAUCAGCUUAGAGGAGGAUUCUUUCACAGUAGAGAUUCAGGGCACCAUGGAGGUGUUUGCUGUUCUGCCAGACUCAACUACCCAGUCAUUGUUUACAAUGAACAUAGCAGCCAACACCAGCAUUGCUCUGAAUAUAUUUGACCAGAAAUUGAUGGGCUCACUAUGUUUGAACAGGCUCCAGUUCUCCCUAGCCCACUCCAAUGUUGGCUUUUUUGAGAUCUCGCUUCUGGAAAACAUCCUGUCUUACAUUUUACAGACAGAAGUAAUUCCAUCAGCUAAUGCUAAACUGUCAAAAGGACUCCCUCUUCCCAACCUGGCCAAUGUUACCCUGAGGAGACCUCACAUUACAAUUGUACAGGGAUACAUGUUGAUUUCUACUGACGUCCACUACAAACGCUAA